AUGGCGGAAGAUGUUAUAAACAGUAUGGUCAAUAUGAAAUUAACGUCCGAGGAGGAAGAAGAGAUUCAAAUUUCAGACGAGGAUAGACCAGUGGAGAUUGAUAGUUGUGUGUUAAGCUUGAUAGGGAAAUUUUUGACGUGCAAACCCUAUAAUCGAAAGGCAGCAAAAAACACGUUACGAAAAGCAUGGGGACUAGACAAAGGACUGCAGAUUUCAGAGGUGGGCUCUAACCUCUUUCAAUUCAAAUUCCAAUCUGACUUUGAACUUGAACGGAUCCUGAGGGGAGGGCCGUGGACUUUCAACAACCAACUCUUGAUGCUUACUCGGUGGAAAACAGGAAUGAGUGCUAAUAAUGUAGUUCUAGAGCAUGCCUCAUUGUGGGUGCAAAUAUGGGGAGUGCCGUUUGAUAUGAUGUCUCCCACGGUGGCGACGGAGAUCGGAAAAAGGAUGGGAGUGGUGGAGGAUGUGGAACGACGAAAACGGGCAGAUGAUCUGAACUUAUUCCUACGGGUAAAAGUUGGUUUACCUAUCUCCAAACCUAUCCGUAGAGGUGGAUUCUUGAUGGGCUCGGAUGGGAAAAGACAUUGGGUAGAUUACAAGUACGAAAGGCUACCAUUUUUCUGCCAUUUCUGUGGAAUUCUUGGGCAUGAUAUACGUCACUGCCCACCUCACUUUGAAGCUUCAAAAAAGACAACGUCUGUUGAAUAUCAAUAUGGGGACUGGCUGCGUGUGGUGAGUGCUCGGAAUAAAUCUCCACCACGUCGGCAAACUGAGCCUUUACCAAAGGAGGCACCGUUGGGCAAGGAGGAUAAUCCAGCAGAGAUGGUCAGUGAGGUGCACACAGCAGGGCCGGCGGCGGCUAGGGCAGCAACAGCCAAGGAUGGUCUUUAUGAUCAUUAUGGCAAAGGCGGACAAGACGGGUCUGUUACAAAAAUUCAGGCGCAAAUCACGGAAGGCAAUUAUUCGGAGGCUACAUUUGUGGAAAGUCACGUGCCAGGGAUGGAUUCAGUUUUUAAACCAAAUGAGGAAUCAAAGAAUGGGCCGGCUUUAGACAAAAACGAAUUGGGCCAGGCUGAGUCACAUACGGAGAGCACAAAAAGGACAUGGACAAGAAUUAAUAGGAUGAAUUUUGGGCCUUCAGAUGAGCCUUUGAUCACCAAUAGAAUUAAGUUGGGCAAGAGACCGUUGGGAGAUGCUCUGGAGGAGAAGUGCGAAACAGAGACUAUACAGCAGAACCAAAAACGUGCCAAAGUGAAGUUUGUCGAUGGUAUGGAUGAUUAUAUAUCGGCAGAGGUGGAGGAUCACCCUUGCCGGAAGCCAUGA